GCGCGGUCACGUGGCGGGGGGGGUUUACAGUAACUUCGCUGCCCGAACACGUGCAGCCUGCGUGUACGGUACAGUGCGAACUCUAUGCAAGCGGCAUCUAUAGCGCGAACGUUGCAGUCAGCUCGCAAGAGAAUACAAUUGUAACUUAGCCCUAGCCCAGAAGACGGAAUGGAGGAGGUUCUGUGUCCACGUGAUGCCGGGCGAUUCAUUGCCAAGAACAGCAAGGACGUUUCUAUCGCAGACGAGGGCGUGCGCUCGGUGGCAAGUGUGCUGUGUGAAAAGUAUCAGGAGAAAACAUUUGGGGUGGAGUGUUGGAAAAGCAUGCACAAGCUUCAUCCUCAGAUGACCAACGAAGAUGCCGUUAACUGGGUGUUCGUGGUGGACACACUUAAUUUCUCUUUCUGGGCUGAGAGCGAUGACACAAAAUGCUUGGUGAAAUACAAGGAGGAGAUGUACAGCGGGUACUGGACCCUAUGUGCCGCUAUGAACCGUGCCCUUGAUGAAGGGUUUCAUAUGACAAGUGCGUCGUACUACAGCAACAUAACCUUCGAGGAGCUGAGCCACGUUCUCCGCUCUGACUCUGGCUCACCAAUGCCCAUGUUGGCGGAGCGGCACCGCGUGCUCACGGAGACGGGACGUAUCCUCGUGCAGAGCUUUGGCGGCUCCUUCCUGGAGUGCUUGCGCCGCUGCGGACACAGUGCGCAGGCUCUGCUCCGGUUGGUGGUGGAGAACUUCCCAUGUUACCGAGAUGAAGCAACCUUCAAGAGCAAAAGGGUGGCUCUGUACAAGCGAGCCCAGAUCCUGGUGGCUGACAUCUGGGGCCUCCUGGAGGGCAAGGGCGAUGGCUUCUUCAAUGACAUUGGCACCCUGACCAUGUUUGCCGAUUAUCGGGUGCCCCAGGCACUGGUUUACCUGGGUGCUCUGAAGUACUCCAGCCGACUCAUGCAGAAACUCAAAGACGGUGUGAUGUUUGAGUCUGGCGAGGAGCAGGAAGUCGAGAUCCGGGGAUGCUCCAUCUGGUGCGUGGAACUCAUCCAAGAGGAGUUGGCUCGUUUGCUGGCCGAGCGCGGUGUCGCAAAAGCUCAAGAUAUUAACGCCGUCCUGCUAGACUAUUACCUGUGGGAUUAUGCACGUGCCCACCGCGACGAGAUGGCACACAUCCCCAUCCACCACAUCCGCUGCAUAUACUACUAAGGGACACUGUGUCAGCUUGGCUGAAAGCAUUGCUUCAAGACCCAUGUUUUCAGUGGUACUGGCUCGAUGUUCACAUGACACAUUACCACCAUGGAGGUGAUAUUUUCAUUUCGGAAUUGCUUUUUAAUUUUCCCUUUAAUGGUGACGAUCAGUAGUUGCGGCAUAAGCUAAAUUAUGGCAUACAAAAAUUAGUUGUGGACAAUAAAUGUUUAUUUAGUCGUAUUUGCUGAAUGUACAAUUAUUGUGUUCUAUUUCCUCGUGCUCAAUUAUGAGUCAUGUUUUUGCAGUUAACAUAACGAACAUUGUGCUUUUGUAAUCUCGUAUAAGCAACUUCAGUCAAAGAUAAAAGGACAUUGGUUUAAAUUAAAAGAGCUUUGUAAACGUAAUCAUUUAAUAACUUUCGAAAGAGAUUAGUAAUACUGCAAAUUGUACCUUUAUUUUGAUUUAAAGCUUUCGUGACUGCAGGGAUUCAUAUUAAUUGGUUCUUUCGGUAAAGUCACGUAGAAGGGAAACAAUAUUUUUUAUUAUUUUAUUGCUUCCCUUCUACAAGACUUACCGAAAGCACCAAGAAUAUGUACCUUUAUUGUUGUAAAUAACGGGGAGUUGUCAUGAUUUAAUUAAGGGAAUAAACGCCAGAAUGUAACUAAAGGUUGCACAGCAUGUGGCUGUGUGUUUAUACAAUUUCACUUGUCUGAUUCUCACAUUUCGUCCAAUUAAGACGCUUAACUAUACAACAUGUUUAAAGCAAGGUCUUCGACUUUAUUUAAAAAUGAGUAAGCAAAUGUUUUCAUUACUGGUUGUAGUGCAAAGCGGAAUGUUUAUUGCAAAGGUGAGGACAUGUAAUAGUUAUUCGAGUUCUAAACAUAGUUGUAGUAGCUCUUCAAUUUUUUUUUGCGAUUGUCAUGAAGGAAUACAAAUUUAAUGUAUGUAUGUCGAAUUUCUUCGGCAGCGUACGUUGCCAACUGCAUCAUUUUAAGUUUACAUUUUCAUACGUUAGUACUAUUUUAGUUACUGGAACUGUGUUCAUGAAGUUACAGUGAAUGAGUCAUAUACCUAAUUGUACAAGUGACUGUUUAUUCAAUAUAAAAAAUAUAUACUCGGCAUGCCCAAGUCUUAUGAUUGUUUAUCACACGUUUCCCAUUGUUCUUGUAAUGUUAUGACCUGCCCCUAAUGGACAUCUGUGAAAAGGAGCUUCAAAGCUUAUCAGUUAUCUCCAGGAUACUCCAGGAUAAAUAAAUACAAAUUCCGAUUGUAA